GUCGCUCUUUAAUACCACCACCUCUCGUUUCUUUUUCUCUCUUCUCUUCUUCAACGACAAUCAAACCAUGAGGUCGUCAGGGAGUCUUCUCCCCGUGGGAGCCGUCCUCCUCGGCCACCUCCUGCCGGCCCUGGCAGAGACAGUGCCCGUCGUCCGCUGUGUCUCGGCCAUCGACUCGUCGGACAACGUCUUUGCCAAUCCCAGCUUCGAGACCGAUGGCAGCUCCGACUGGACCAUCAGCGACAGUUCCACCACGGGCUACGGCGUGGUGGAAGCCGGCGAGGGAGUGUUCGCCACGGCGGCCGAUGGAGAGUAUUAUCUCCAGCUGACCGGCGACGACAUCUCCGCGACCAUCGAGCAGUCGCUUGGGGGCGGCAUUUCGGCUGGAUUCACCUACGAUUUCACCUUCUGGGCCGCCAUUGAAGCCGCCGAGGGCAGUGACAGCGGCUCCUGUACAGCCUCCCUCUACCUGGAUCCGGGCACGGGCGUCGACACGCUGCAGGCGUCGGUGGCAUUCGCCUAUCCCGGCACCUCCGACUGGACACAGUACUCGGUGUCCUACGCCGUCACUAGCAGCCAUCUCUAUCCUGAACUGCUCAUCGAAGUCGAAUGUACCAACACCGAUACCUGGUAUAUCGGCUUGGAUGCCUUUGAACUCGCCCCUGUCACCAGCGUCUGCACAACGUCCUAUUCCUCCGUUGCCGUUGCCAGCCCGACUUCAGCUGCUCUUUCCAGCUCCAUCGCUUCUUCCUCUUCUUCUUCUGCCUCCUCGUCGUCGUGGCCUUAUCCCCGUUCCUCCGCUGUCAUCCCGUCCAGCAGACCUGUUCCUCCCUAUCUCAGCUCCUCGGUCGCUGCUGCAUCCUCUACGCCAGUCCGUAGCAUCCGUUCCUCUCGUUGCGCCCUGUCGGGCUCUGCAAGUACCACUGCUACGGCUUCUUCAUCCUCCACGGUGAUCCCCGGCAUCCGUUCGUCUCGCUGCGCCCUGUCUGGCUCUGGAGCUGCUACUGCUUCUUCAUCCACGGUGAUCCCCGGUAUUCGUUCCUCUCGCUGCGCCUUGUCUGGCUCUGGAAGUGCUGCUGCUACUUCUACAUCCUCCACGGUGAUCACCACCAUUCGGACUUCUCGCUGCGCACUGUCCGGCUCUGGAAGUACGACUGCUACUCCCUCUGCAUCUUCCACUGUAAUCCCCGGCAUCCGUUCGUCUCGCUGCGCUCUGUCCGGCUCUGGAGCUGCUACUACUUCUACUCCCUCUGCAUCCUCCACGGUGAUCACCACCAUUCGCACUUCUCGCUGCGCCCUGUCCGGCUCUGGAAGUACGACUGCUACUCCCUCUGCGUCCUCCACGGUGAUCCGUAGCAUUCGCUCUUCUCGCUGCGCACUGUCUGGCUCUGGAGCUGCUACCACUUCGACAUCCUCCACACUGAUCACCACCAUUCGCACUUCUCGCUGCAACCUUGCCGGCACGACUACCACUGCUGCUGCUGCUGCCAUCACCGGUCAACCUGGUCAAUCCGGUCAACUCGGCUCCACCACCUCGACCGUCUUGACCACCCGCACCUCGACCAUCACCGCCUGUCCCUCCUUCGUCACCAACUGUCCCGCCAGCGAGAAAUCAACCUAUGUCACCACCGAGACCCUUGUGGCCAGCACCACCGUCUACCCCCUUACUGCAGGCGGAGCCCCUGCCACCGCCACCACGGAGACCAUCUACACCACCCGUGUUUCCACUAUUUACUCUUGCCCGGCUAGUGUCACUAACUGCCCGCUGACGGCUCGCAUCUCUUCUACCACUACUGAAACCUUGGUUGUUGCUACCAGCGUCUAUCCUCUGCCUACUGGUUCUAGCUCUUCUGGCUCUGGCUCCAGCUCUGGCUCUACCUCUGGUUCCUCCGGUUCUGGCUCUGGAUCCGGCUCUACCUCUGGUUCCUCUGGUUCCUCUGGUUCCUCUGGUUCCUCUGGUUCCUCUGGUUCCUCUGGUUCCUCUGGUUCCUCUGGCUCUGGCUCUGGUUCUAGCUCUGGCUCUGGCUCUACCUCUGGUUCUGGUUCUAGCUCUAGCAGCUCUAGCUCUAGCUCUGGCUCUGGAAGCUCCGGUUCUAGCUCUAGCGGCUCUGGCUCUGGCUCUAGCAGCUCUAGCUCUAGCUCUGGCAGCUCUAGCUCUAGCUCUGGUUCGGGUUCCUCCGGUUCUUCCGGCUCUUCCGGUUCUUCUGGCAGCUCUAGCUCCGGCUCUUCGUCUGGAUCUAGCUCUAGCUCUGGCUCCAGCUCUGGCGUCAGCGCUGGCUCUUCGUCAGGUUCCACUUCUGGCUCGGGUUCCAGCUCUAGCUCCGGCUCUUCAUCUGGAUCUGGAUCUGGCUCCGGCUCAGGCUCUGGCUCUAGCUUUGGCGUCAGCGCUGGCUCUGGCUUCGGCUCUUCUGGUUCCUACUUCAACCACACCCGCACUGCCAGUUCCUCGGCUUCCGUGUCUCUCCCCUCGUCUUCUGUCGCUGCCGCCAGCCAAAGCGGUAUCUCCUCGACCACCAGCGCCAGUGGAAGUGUGUACACGGGCGACUCUGUGUCGCAGUUCGCCUUCGCCUCCAACACGCUGGCGGUGGCUGUGGCCGUCUUGGCUGUUAUGCAGGUGUUGAUGUAGCGAGAAGAUGGUUUUCCUUUUUGAGCCUAUCAACACAGGCUCGCUUAAUUUGAUUCUUUUACCA